AUGGAGAAGUUUCCGUUGCCUUACCGCCGUACCUUUGCGCAGGCUCCGUGCGGCUUUCUCAUCGAUCUCGAUGGCACGAUGUACCGGCCAGGCGGACUAAUCGACGGCGCGAUCGAGUUCUACGAGUGGCUCGUCAGCACCAAGACGCCGCACGUGUUCCUGUCCAACACCGGCGCAAAGGGCAGUCCAGGCGUGCAGACCAAAUUCAAGUCUGAGAGGUAUCGGCUCUCGUCCAAGCCCGUGCCGCUCCGAAACAUCUGGACCGCCUCGGAGGCGCAGAUGGACCUGAUGAUGCACAAGAAGGAGGACACGCCAGACAGCGCAAAGGGGAGCCAGCGCGACUAUGGCCUGCCGCACGGCGCCAAGGUGUUUGUGAUGGCGGGCGGCGAAGGGUUUUGGCUCAACUCGCUUCGGAUGAAGGACUCGAUGCGGUUCGACUCGUGGGACAUCCGGACGACGCUGACAAACGACGAGGCCAAGGCUUGGGCCAAGGAGGCGCGCGACUCGCAGGAGGCGGGCGAGUGCACGGUCUUCGUCGUCCUCUUCCUCGAUGGAAAGCUGGACAAGGUUGACGUCGUGGACGGCGACGUAUCGGGGCGGUCUGCAGACUACCGCGGCGAUUGGAACUACGGUCUGAUACGCAACGUCUCGUUCCUCCUGCACCACGGCGCUCAGCUCAUCUACACUGCAGACGACGCAUUCAACCCGUCCGAGGACCCAGAAUACCCGGGCAUGGCGUGCACCGCACAGACACCAAGAGGGCAGUCGUGCGGCCGCCCCCUCAUCGCCCAAACAUUCGACGAGCAGACUGCGUGCGCGGGCAAGGGCGGAUCGCAUGGCGACGUCUUUAUGUUUGAGCAUGCCAUCCGGAUGCUCAAGGCGCAGGGUCACGACGGCGACCUCGCCAAAAUCUGCAUGGUGGGCGACCGGUUCGACACCGACAUCCGUGGUGGCAACUCGUGCGGGAUCAAGGCGUGCCUCGUCCAGUCGGGCGCCCACCUCGCGAGCCAGCAGGCAAAGUACCCGAGCGACGUCGCCGACUUCACCGCCGCGUCCGUCGGGAGCUUGGUGCCACGCUCGGACGACGGAGCCCAAGCCGACACGGCACAGGCACAGCGUGGCAGCAUGGCCGCGUCGAGCUCCAACUGGCAGUCGGUCAAGGACAAGGGUUUCUUUGUCCUGGGUGUGGUCGGCGGACUACGCUCUACGGGCUACGGCUACGGCUCAUUAUUUGACUCAUUUUUAGCCGGGGUCGUCCUCCCGAUGGGGGACUAG